AACAACUGCCUGAGUAGACCUGUCAUCUACCUGAGUUCUGACAUUGAACCAAAGCUGCUUGGAAAACUGAAAGACAUCAUCAAAAGGCAUCAGGGCUCAGUGACUGAGGACAAGGUCUCCAGCUCUCAUGUUGUGGUGCCCAUUCCAACCAGUCUGGAGGAAGAGGAGUGGGUGCGCCCUGUGAUGAAGAGAGACAAGCAAGUUCUGCUCCACUGGGGAUAUUUUCCAGACAGUUAUGACACCUGGAUCCCUGCCAGUGAGAUUGAGGCAGCAGUGGAGGAUGCUCCCAGCCCAGAAAAGCCCAGAAAAGUCCACGCAAAGUGGAUUUUAGACCUGGACCAGUAUAACGAGUGGAUGAAUGAGGAGGACUAUGAGGUGGGAGAGGGCUGUCCUAAGAGGAAGAGGAUUUCCGCCAAGACACUCACAGACGAGGUGACCACACCAGARGAGCGGAGGGACAAGAAACCCGGCAGUGCCAAGAAGAGGAAGCGCUCGCCGUCGCCCUCCCCCACGCCUCCGCCUCAGGAGAGCAAGAAGAAGAACACCAAAAAAGGGCCAACAACACCAUACACUAAAUCUAAACGGGGUCAAAGGGAGGAGGAGCAGGAGGAUCUGUCCAAAGAUCUGGAUGAAGCUUCACCGGUUCCAACAUCUGAAGAGGGAAACACAGCGAAGACAAAUAACACUAAGAAAGAUUCAGAUUCAACUCCGGUCAAAGGAGGAACAGAAAUGGAUGAGCAGGAGGACGAGUCUAUGGAAACAACAGGAAAGCAGGACGAGGAGGAAGGCUCUCCCAGUGUGAAGGGUGAACCUGUGAAGGGCUCCGACCUUCAUGAGGACAACGUGACUGAGCAAACCCACCACAUCAUCAUACCAAGCUACGCUGCCUGGUUCGACUACAACAGUGUUCAUGCCAUCGAGCGUAGAGCCCUGCCAGAAUUUUUUAAUGGGAAGAACAAAUCCAAAACCCCAGAGAUUUAUCUGGCAUACAGAAACUUCAUGAUUGACACCUACCGACUGAACCCUCAGGAGUACCUGACCUCCACUGCGUGCCGCAGGAACCUGGCGGGAGACGUGUGCGCCAUCAUGAGAGUGCACGCUUUUCUGGAGCAAUGGGGACUGAUCAACUACCAGGUGGACUCUGAGAGUCGACCCACUCCCAUGGGACCGCCACCCACCUCUCACUUCCAUGUCCUCGCAGACACUCCCUCAAGUCUGGUGCCCCUGCAGCCCAAAACAUCACAGACUCCUGCCACCCAGCCGAUGAUGUCAUUCCCUGAUAAGGUCAAGGAAAAACCAGCAGAUCUGCAAAACUUUGGGCUCCGAACCGACAUGUACAGCAAGAAAUCUGGAUCAACAAAGAGCAAGAAUGGAGCAAGCUCAAUGAGGGACUGGACAGAGCAAGAAACACUACUACUACUUGAGGGUCUGGAGAUGUACAAAGACGACUGGAACAAGGUGUCUGAGCACGUCGGCAGCCGCACGCAAGAUGAGUGCAUCCUGCACUUCCUGCGGCUGCCCAUCGAAGACCCGUAUUUGGAGGACAGCUCCUCAACUAUGGGCCCGCUGGCUUACCAGCCGAUACCUUUCAGCCAAGCAGGAAACCCUGUCAUGAGCACGGUGGCCUUCCUUGCUUCUGUAGUUGACCCACGUGUGGCCUCAGCUGCAGCCAAAUCUGCACUCGAGGAAUUCUCGCGAAUGAAGGAGGAGGUUCCUGCAGCACUUGUUGAGGCUCACGUACGGCGGGUGGAGGAAGCAGCGAGGGUCAGCGGCCGACAGGAUCCUCUGUACGGCCUGGAGGGAAGUGGCAUCGCAGGCACUGGCCUGGAGGAGGGAGAAAGGCCUGAUGAAAGCAGUGAUGAAAGUAAGAGUGACAGCCAAUCAAAUGAAGAGAAGAGAGACACUAAGGAUAGUAAAGAUGGAGCGAUAGAGGAGGAGGAGAAGCAGGUGGAAAACGGGAAAAAGGAAGAAGACAGAGGAAGAGAACCUGAAGGAGAGAGGGAGGCAGAAAAAACGGAGGCUGACAUGGGCGAUGGAGAAAAGGAGAAAGAUGCAAAAGAGGGAACAGAAGAAGGACAAAGAGAAGGAGAGAUUGAAGGAGAGAGGAAGGCGAAGGUUGAGCGUGACGUGGGAGAGGGGAACCUGGCAACUGCUGCCGCCUCCGCUUUAGCCGCCGCUGCUGUCAAAGCCAAGCAUUUGGCCGCGGUGGAGGAGAGAAAGAUCAAAUCUCUGGUGGCUCUGCUGGUGGAGACGCAAAUGAAGAAGCUUGAGAUUAAACUGCGACACUUUGAAGAACUGGAAACGAUCAUGGACAGAGAGAGGGAGGCCCUCGAAUAUCAGCGUCAGCAGCUGCUGGCUGACCGUCAGUCUUUCCACAUGGAGCAGCUGAAAUACGCUGAAAUGAGGGCUCGGCAGCAGCACUUCCAGCAGAUUCAGCACCAGCAGCACAGCCAGGCAGGGGGUCCUCACUCCAACCAGGCCACCCCAGGCCCACCACCCCAAGGCCCGACUGCAGGUCAGCCAGCUCCCAGCACACCAGCGUCACAGGCGGCACCCAGCCCCGCGCCUCCGUCCUCUUCUGCCCCAGCACCUGAGUCCCAGCCACCUCCAGGAGCUCACACCUCACCUCCAUGCCCCCCAGGCCAAGCCCCGGCCCCUCACUCCAGCUCCAGCUCUACACCUGUUCUCCACGAGUCCAACGCUCCUCUGCCAGGGGAGACGCUCCACCCGUCAGCUCCCGUCCCCCCACCACAGUGAGAAAAACAAAAACAAACAAACAAAAAAAAAAACCCACAUGAGAAUCCAAAUGACUGAUCAUUUCAAAACCUGCCUGCAUCAUCUGAAAUGAAGAAGUUAUCAGCUGAAAGAUGACAAACACAUUUUUCAUGUUCAGUAUUUUACUUUUUCCAAAUGGAAAAUUAAUGUUUGACAGAAAAAUAAAUGUAAAUGUCUGUUGACUGUGUGAAAAAAAAAAGUCUGUUACAAAUUGUCAACUUUUAAGGGAAAAUUGAUUUUCAUCCUUUGUGGUUGACUGGGGAGAAAUGUCUCAAAUCAAAAAUGUACGGUCAACUCAGAAUAUCUGGUUACAUAGAUUAUCAACAUGCCAGCACUCUAGAAGAACAAAUAACAUAUCUUGUGUUUGAUUAUUGUUUAAAUUUGUUUUUUUACAGCAGUUUGUCAUAAUUCAUGGAGUCUAGUUUAUCAUGAGCUCUCCGGAGCCCUCCCCUUGUGCUUAAGGUACGAAUUAGGAAACGUGUAAAACAAAAAGCACUUUUAACAUUUCCCAAGGUCUUGCUGAAAGACUGGAAGUAUCCAUCUAAUUGAACUUUAGCACUUAUAUAUUUGUUUUGUUGUUUUAAACACUUUGACCUAUAGAAGAGUUUGGAAAAUCAAACAGAAACAUUCGAUAUUCCUCCACAUUUGAUGUGUUACAUGUUUUUUCCACAGGGUCAAGCCUGAAACAUUACACGCCCAAAAGUCUGUAAUGAAGGAAAAGAUUUCAAUUGAAGAUGCCAGUUUGAAAUUAAAUAACCUAAGCUUGGAUGCAGUUUAAGGAAAAAUGUACUGUAAACUGGAUUUUCUGUUACAAACAGCUUUUACUAUCAUUUUAUGAUGUUACGUAAAGUAUUUAAAAAGAAAUACUGUAAGCUUGGGGUCCCGACAAGACCUCCCUUUGAAAACCGAGCACUUAUAGAAAAAAACAUGUCAGUAUUUUGCAAGUGUGGAUGAACUCUAAACAUCCAGAUUGUUAAGGAAGUGAAGAAUGUAGUUCAAAAGAAAUGACUGAAUCUUUUAGGAUUAUACGGUGAACCUAUUCAGAUCUGGACAGUGCGUUACCUAAACCAACUGCUUUUAUAGAUCAAGUUUACCAUGUUUAUUCAGUGACUUUUAUUGUGGUUGUUUGGGAAGUAAAGGGGGAUCUUCAGCGACUUUUUUUUUAUUUUUUUUUUGCUGUGUUUCACUUUAAAAUUGGAAGAAACAUUAAUGCUGUCAACAAGGGAACACCUUAAAACUGCUCAUAACUGAGAAUUAUGUCAGUAAUAUCUGCAACGAUAUCCUCACUUUUUAUCCUGACAGUUUUUUAUAUUUUUAUGUCAUUUUUGUCAUUUUUUUUAUAUCUCAACAUUGUAACUGUAUAUUAUCUUUGUAGCCUGUAUUUACCCUCCACCUUCAUGCGUGUGUGAGAGAGAUCUGAAUCUUUGAGACGUGACUGUUCAUGUGUACAUGCCAUUAAGACCUGUAAACCACGUUACCAAUCAGUUUUUAAUUUAAGUGCCAUCAGUUGUGAGUUAAUCGAGUCUGAUGAUUUAAAAAAAAAGAAAGAAAGAAAACAUGCUUUGCUCUGCACAUGGUCACAUCAGUGUCAUAUUUACUCCCAUCAGAUGGUGGAACUUUGCAGUUAAAUGUCCAUGAAGCCAGUAUUACUGUCCUCACUGCAGCUGUGAGCAUAAAUGGACAUCUUUUAUCUGUGUUAUUACUACAUUGUGUGCAUUUUGUGAUAUGAAAUAAGUGUCUGCUCAGUUUUCUGUAUGUUUUUCACGCUGCUGAAGGUAGCAGCAGCAGCAGGUAUUAUACAGUAGAAAUCUGUUUUUUUUUCCUCUGUGAAUCAUCACAUUAGUGCUGACAGUAACGCAGUUUGUAUUAAAAAGAGAAAAAAAUCCAAACAGGUUUUAGUUACAAAACGUUUGAGGAAAAAAAUAAAGAUGUGAAGAGGAGA